AUGCAUUACUUUUUAAUUUUCGUUUUCUCGCUUGUUUCCGCUAAGAAUGCGUUUGUAUCUACACUUACAUCGGACUCUUUUUUGUUAGCGGCAAAAGUUUUAGGUAGGGCUUAUGAAGAAAAUACAGUUUUUAAAGGAUAUUCGAUCCGAAAGUAUCACCCAGGAUCGGAGUAUGUAUUGGUUUACACAGAAGAGGUUUCCAACGACACCAUUGAUGUGCUCAGUCAUCAUAAUAUCACUACCCGGCUGAUGAAACGACUGGAUGGUCCGUACGCUGCUACACACAAGGGGAACAAAUAUCAGGUAAUUGGAAUUCUAUAAUUACAUAUUGUUAUGGUUGUAAGUACACGAAGAUCCAUUUGUGGUCUUUAAUUGAAUACGAGGUGCUCUUCCACCUCGAUCUGGAUACGAUUCUAUUGGAUAAAGUGGAUGAAGUUUUCGAAUGCGGUAACUUCUGUGCUUCUCUUCGACAUUCUGACAUGUUCAAUGCUGGAGUGUUUGUUCUGGUUCCAAACAUGAAAGUAAUAAAUAUGUUUAUCGUUAAAAUCUGCUGUAUUAGGUGUAUGAAGAUAUGCUCGGGAAAAUGAAAACGUCAGAGAGUUAUGAUGGAGGUGAUCAAGGAUUCCUGAAUGGAUACUUCUGGCAAGUUAAGUUCUCGGAAAUGUUGGGCUACAAUGAUUCGAAAUGUAAUCACAAGAUACGAAGGCUCCCCUCGGCUUACAAUUAUGAUGUGGGAAUGUACUACCUCAGCAGUAAGACGCUGGUAACACCCAAGAUUAUACAUUACACUCUCGGCCCCAUCAAACCUUGGCAUUGGAUCGGAUAUCCGAUAUUUGAUUUGAAUGGGAAAUGGAACGAGAUGAGGCUGGGAAUGCAUCACCAGUACGGUGAGAUGUCGUCUCAGAUAUAUGGCGGCUUUUUCUCAUUGAUGAUGUCUGCACUUUUUGUAAUCAUCCUCCAUAUCGCCUUAGGAAACAAGAGACAUUCCUUCAGAAUUCUGAAGCCAGCCAAAACAGAAAUAAGGGAACGGUUUGGAGUUUUAGUAAGUAUUGUAUUUGUGGGUAUGGCGGCUGGUGUCUACAAUACUCCCGAAGACAUUUUGCCUCAGUUGGGAUGGCUACAUUAUACUGCAUAUUUCGUAAGUAAAGUUUAGUUGAAAUUACCAUGAAUGAACAUCCUCGGUUUAGAGUUUGACUACCUCCACCAUGUCAAUGUUAUACUCGAAAUACCGGCGAUGCGGGCAUUACAAUGUGAUGUCAUCGUUCAUUUUAUCCUCAUUUAUCUUUGUUUUCCACUUUGUUUCCUGGUUCCUCCUGGCAUCCGUAUCUUUACCAGCCUAUAGAUACCUUGUCUGUUUGUUAGUUAUCCCCACAUUUUUUAUUUUUCUCUUUUAUAUUCUCCAUUUUCUAAUCUUUUUUCGAGUUACAGUAAUCUCCAAAAGAGGGCCGAUGGACGAUCACAUUGA